CACGACCGCUGCUGGUGUCUUGAAUUGGAGCGGACGGGAGGAGGAUCCGAUGGGCGCUCUGAUGUCCUGCAUGUCCGGCACGUCCCCCUCCGACUCCCCGCCGCAGGCCAAGCGCCGCUCCUCCGCGUCCUCCCGCCGCGGCGGCAAGGCCGCGGAGAUCGACGAGCAGGCGCUGGCCGCCGCCGCGGCGCUCGUGCUGGGGCAGCGCGGAGGGGGAGGCGCGUUCGACCGGUCCGCGUCGGUGCGGUACGCCGCGAAGCGGCAGCAGCAGGGCCCGCCGCUGCCCAGGAGCUCCAGCACGCGCCCGCGCUCCCUCGCCGACCCCGAGCUCCAGCCGCAGCACCUCCUCGCCAAGGAGUUGAAUACUAAAGAUUUGGAAACCAACAUAAUUGUUCUUGUUCACGGAGGUGGGUUUGGUGCUUGGUGUUGGUACAAGACCAUGUCACUUCUUGAAGAUAGUGGGUUCAAAGUCAAUGCUAUUGACUUAACAGGCUCCGGGAUUAAUUCUUCUGAUACAAACAAGAUUAGCAGUCUUUCAGAGUAUGCUGAGCCACUUACAUCUUACCUUAAGGGCCUAGGUGAUGCUGAAAAGGUUAUCUUGGUUGGACAUGAUUUUGGGGGUGCUUGCAUAUCCCAUGCGAUGGAGAUGUUUCCAUCGAAAGUUGCCAAGGCUGUUUUCCUGUGUGCAACAAUGCUGACAAAUGGACAUAGUGCUCUUGAUAUCUUCCAACAACAGAUGGAUACAAAUGGUAUGCUCCAAAAGGCACAGGAAUUAGUAUACUCCAAUGGCAAGGACCGGCCUCCCACCGCUAUCAACAUCGACAGGGCUUCAGUAAGAGAUCUAUUAUUCAACCAAAGUCCUGCCAAGGAUGUGUCCUUGGCUUCAGUGUCCAUGAGACCUAUCCCCUUUGCCCCGGUAAUGGAGAAACUCACGCUAACAGAAGGGAACUAUGGAUCCGUGCGGCGAUUCUUUGUCGAGACAACGGAGGACAACGCGAUACCCCUUUCCCUUCAGCAGAGCAUGUGUGUGAGUAACCCGCCAGAGAAGGUCCUGCGGCUGAAAGGUUCAGACCACGCCCCUUUCUUCUCGAGGCCGCAGGCGUUGCACAAAACGCUGGUAGAGAUAGCAACCCUGCCGCGAGCACAGGCAUCAUGAGAGCUUGUUCUCGGUCAGAUUAUUCUUUUCAGCCGGCGAGAUCGCCAUGAUUGUUCCCAUGACUGCUGCUGCUGUAUAUUUUGGGAUGAGAGUAUGCUGGAGGCAAAAUGCUAAGGUUUGGAAGCCGUUGUACAGGUGUAAGCAGCAGAGUAGGAGCUCUGGAUUUCAACCUUAUCUCCACGAUUACACCUUUCCUGUCUGCAAUGACAUACAUACUCAUCAUCGAUUCAUCGUUAACUUAAUGCACGUGUAAGUGUACUACAGCCAAUGUGAGGAAAAAUAGAGGAAAAUAAUACUAACGGUUUUAUUUUGUCUGUCGAUGCGAA